AUGCACGUGCAGGAAGUAACAGAAGAGCCAGCAAAGCCAACCGUCCAGAUCAGAGUGGCCGACCAGAGCCAGCGCAUUUCCAAGUUCGUAAUGAAGAAAAACACAAAGCUAAAGAAGCUUUUCAAGGAGUUUUCCGACAGAUCGCAGCUCAACGCACACAAGCUCAGAUUUGUUUACAAAGGCAUGACGCUCAGCGGAGACGAAACGCCAAGCUCGAUAAAUCUGAAGGAAGGAGACCUGCUAGAGGUAUUUAGCUCCCAGGUGGGGGGUGGGAGCCUGCAAACGCCCAAAUAUAAAUAA